AUGGCGCCUCUUGAUUAUUCCUGGCGUCCCCUCCAGCCCAACGAGAUCCGCUUAGUCUCACUGGAAGCGCCAGCAGAAACCAUCACCCAGGCCAAAUGGAAACUUACCGUUGCAGGCUUGGCCGAUAAGUCAGCCAGCUACUACGCCGUCUCGUACAGAUGGGGACAGCCUCUAGACGAGGAACCCUUCAAAUCAAUGACCAACGACCGAGAGUCAUGUAUCCACAUCGACGGUAGCGAUGUAAUGGUUACGAAGAACCUCUCGGACUUUUUGCAUGAGGUGCAAAGGGAUAAGAAGUUGAAGGAAGAAGAGUUCUGGAUUGACGCGAUAUGUAUCAAUCAAGAGGACCCCCAGGAACGGAGCCGCCAAGUCAGUACCAUGAUGGGCAAGAUCUAUCGGUCAGCGAAGUGCGUCAUUGCGUGGCUCGGGGACGCAGACUCGCAUACGCAACGAGCGUUCGACCACUUGGAUCAUCUGGCGAAGUCCCCGACCCUUCUAUCACCCGGGUCCCAAUCAGCCUCCACCAAUUACAGUGCCUCGAUCAAUGGUGAUGAGAAUGGGUCUUGUUGGGAAUCGGCUGUCAAACUGUUUGAUCGGACAUAUUGGAACAGAUCCUGGAUAAUCCAGGAGCUCGUCUUGCCAGAGAAUGUCAUUGUC